GCUGUGACUCAACGGGACAGUCACUUUAGUGCUACAAAAAACGGAGGAUUUCAGCCCACGUGAACUUUCUCCUCCCCAGCCCCAGCUGCUGAUGUUUCUGGAUCCUGCCCAAUCCGGCCCCUCCGGCUAGAUUGGGUCCUGACUCCCACUCUCUUCAGGUGUCCCUCCACCCACUCCCUCUUUCCCCGACAUAUAAGGAGAAGUCUUAGGGAAGAAGUUUCAAAACUUUUGCAUUUUCCUCCUUCCUUUUGGACAAUUCAGAGACUGGAUUCUCAGCCAUGCCUGUGGACUUUAAUGGCACCUGGAACCUCGUGAGAAGUGAGAACUUUGAAGGAUAUAUGCUGGCUUUAGGUAUUGACUUCGCGACUCGCAAGAUAGCGAAAAUGCUGAAGCCCCAGAAGGUCAUCAAACAGGAGGGGGACUCGUUUACGAUCAGCACGACGAGCACGUUCCGAAAUUAUUUUGUCCAGUUCAAAAUCGGGGAGGAAUUUGAAGAAGACAACAAGGGCUUGGACAACAGAAAAUGCAAGAGUGUGGUCACCUGGGACAAUGAGAAGCUUGUUUGCGUCCAGACGGGAGAGAAGAAGAACAGAGGCUGGACACACUGGGUAGAAGGGGACGAACUUUACCUGGAACUCCGUUGUGAAGGUGAAGUCAGCACACAAGUUUUCAAGAGGGCGUGAAGCAAAACCUUUGACACAACUCUAGGAAACAUCACACGGGGUGCUUUGUAGAGGGGAGGCUUUCCCAUAAUGAAAUUCUCUUAACCUGAAGUCCACACAGUUGACUGAAAUGGCAGCUUCCAAGGUCAAACCCUUCCCUAUGUCCUAUUAUCUUAAUAAAAGCAUUCCUAUGGAUAUCUGGAAUGGAAGAGUGACAGCUACCGGCACUUAAUGUAUAGUCUAAUUAAAGAUCCUGAUUGGCAACCGAA